AUGCGCGUGCUUCUAGAAGUCGACCCCGUUGUUUCCAUUGAGGAUUCUACUAACGAACGAAUCCACUUUCUACUUUUCUUAGAGACUGAAAAAGCGCGGAGUUUUGUGACUCAUGAUGGUGCGCUCGAUACACUGCUGUUUGCCCAAACUCGGGCGCAGCAGAACAUCGCUAACAUUCCGCUUUCUCUCAACCACCGCAUACCAGUCAGCGCCGCGACGAAUCCCUCUGGAUAUACCUCCUCCGUUUCCCGUGACAAAAUCUUGCCCCGAAUCGACAUGCGCAUGUCCUCCGACGCCGUCGAUGCCCGAAGGGCUACCGAUUGACCAUAAUCAGCCAUUGAAUGGAACAAUGGCGGCCUACGCACAACAGAUCCUAAUCUGUACCGGUCAAAGAGAUUGGACAAGUCGCAUUGAAGAUGAUGGGAAGAAUCAAGGCUGGGGAGAACUUGCGAGGGGUCUGAAACGUCUGAUGGGCCGUGGAGGGCGUUAUGCCGACCCAUUUAACAACAUCUUGGUUAGCAAUUCGUCCUUUCCUGCAGCUUCAGCAUCGGAUGGUACUUUGUCCUCUGCGUCAGCCUUUCUGUUCCCUUCUUUCAAGUAUUUCCCAUCCAUUCCCGUCAACGUGGCGGAACCGCCCGAUGCAGAGACCGACCUUUCGACCUUUGUUCGGGCCUUCCUCCUUCCUCAAAAACUCAGUGCGAUGGCGGACUCUCUUCCGGAAUCCCGGCGGGCGAAGUUAACUCGCAAGCCUGAAUUAGCAUCGGAGUUCUCGGGUGCUGUCGAACUUCAGAAAUCCCCCGUGGUCUUGAUUUGCGGCCACGGCGGCCGUGAUAUGCGAUGUGGCAUCAUGGCGCCAAUCCUUCAAGAAGAGUUCCGCCGAGUCUUGCUGGCCAAAGGGUUCACGUCGGUAACUAGUGACAGCCACGUAAUCGACAGCCCCCAGCACGCCCACAUUGGACUUAUCAGCCAUAUCGGCGGGCACAAAUACGCUGGAAAUGUGAUUGUGUAUAUUCCGCCUGGAAUGUUGCUCGAAGGUUCUUCGAUGCCGCACCCGCUGGCGGGUAUGGGCAUCUGGUAUGGGCGUAUCGAACCCAAGCAUGCGCAGGGGGUGGUGGAAGAGACCAUCUUAGGUGGCAAGGUGGUGGGAGACCAUUUCCGUGGUGGAAUUGAUCGAAAUGGGAGUAUUUUGAGACUAUAGAAAGGACUGAUGGGAUUUGGUAGAUAGAUUUUCUCACUUAGAGAACCUGUGUACUAUACAUUUUCCUGGUAUAUCAUCAUGAAUCACUGGCCAUACCAGGCGCGGAAUUCUCGGAGAAUAGAUUGUGAUAUAUAUAUUUUCAGUCCUCAUAUACUAAUAGAUGAAUCACUAAACAUGAGAAGUCUUUGCACCUACAAAAAGGCCUUGUUUCCCGACAGCACCACUUGCUCAAUAACAAGCAAUUACCAAGCUUUCUGAAG